AUGAAUUUAUGGUUUUUCGUACUGUGCGUCACAUUCGUGAACGCCUGGGUUGUCAAUGAAGGCACAAUCUGCACUCUGUACCCAGAAUCGCUUGUUCACAAGGGACAAGCCGUUGAUGAUUCACCUUCUAUUCAGGAAGCCUUCGAUACCUGUGGUACAAAUGGAACUGUUAUUUUCUCUGACAACGUCUUCCAUGUCAACACCGUUCUCAACACCACCAACCUGUUGAACUGUGAUGUUUACUUGCGCGGUGAACUCCGCUUCUCCACCAACAUUCCCUACUGGAGAACCCACUCUAUCAGCGUUAUUUUGCAAGACCAAGUCACAGCGUGGCUCUUUGGCGGUACAAAUGUUAACUUCUAUGGCCAAGGCGGCUUCUACAACGGCCAGGGCCAGGCUUGGUACAACGCAAAUCGGAAUGAGUCGAAUCAGCCCGGACGACCAAUGAGUAUAACAUUUUAUAACUCGACCAAUCUGCUUGUGGAUAGACUUAGCAUUAUUCAACCCCAAUUCUGGGCUACGUUUGUCUGGGAUAGCAAGAACGUGUCUGUUACCAACUUGUUCGUAAACGCUACAAGUGACAGCAAAUGGGGCACCAUGAACACCGAUGGCUACGACUCUUGGAAGAGCGAUACUUUGCUUGUGGAGAACGCAACUAUCAUCAAUGGCGAUGAUUGUAUCGCCGCUAAGGGAAACACAACAAAUCUGUACGCCAAGAAUAUCUACUGUGAAGGUGGCACUGGUAUCACUAUUGGUUCUAUCGGUCAAUACCCAGACACGCCCGAUUACAACCUCAACACAACAUUCGAAAACGUGAAGAUCAAGAACGCAAUGGAUGGCGCCUACAUCAAGACUUGGCAAGGCACCCGCAUCUACACACCCAGCAACGGCGACUGGGGUGGCGGUGGCACCGGUCUCGUGAAGAACAUCACAUUCCGUAACUUCGAAAUGGAGAACGUGGGACUUCCGAUUCAAAUGUCACAGUGCGUUUACUCGGCCGAUUCCAACAAGGGCUGCAACACAUCGAAGUUGCAGAUCGAAGACGUUAAGUGGGAGAACAUCCACGGCACAUCACGAUUCAAUAUCGCUGCAUCCAUGUACUGCUCUGAUGAGCGCCCUUGCCCGAACAUCACUUUCGAUAACGUCAAUAUCACCAGCGUCAACGCCACGCGUCAUCUGCCUUACUAUGGCACCGAUAUCCAACAUCUGUUGUUCCAGUGCACCAAUAUUGAAGGCCAGAACAGCUCUGGAAUUCCAUGCAACCAAGCUGCCCCGAGCAACUUCAGCCAGUGGAUUUAUGGAAAUGUCGAUAGCUCUGGUCUGGCGAAUCUGAGCUGA